GGUCUUCACUUUACUGAAGCAUCUAUGCCGCUCCGCUUUAUCAUGCCAUCUCUCUCCUUACAACCGUCAAGAGAAAUGCACAUGCCCUCCUUGGCUCACUAGGCCUUAAACUCACCUCUCUCUAUCCCCUUCCUUCUCUCCCUUUCCUUCACAUCUUUUUCACUCUUCCCACCAUCCACAAUGCGAGAACCCAGCAGACAUUCGCCGUUGGCGGCAGCAACUGCCGCCCUAACUCUGUUCCUUCUCCUACUUCCGUCGGCGAAAUGCGGGGUGACCUACGACCGGAAAGCCAUUAUCAUCAACGGACAGCGAAGAAUCCUCAUUUCCGGCUCCAUUCACUACCCGAGAAGCACACCAGAAAUGUGGGAAGGGCUCGUUCAGAAGGCUAAGGAUGGCGGGCUUGACGUUAUCCAAACAUAUGUGUUCUGGAACGGCCAUGAGCCUUCUCCUGGAAAGUAUAAUUUUGAGGGGAGAUACGAUUUGGUGAGGUUUAUUAGGACGGUGCAAAGGGCUGGGCUCUAUUUGCAUCUCCGAAUAGGGCCAUACAUUUGUGGAGAGUGGAAUUUUGGAGGAUUCCCUGUUUGGCUGAAGUAUGUGCCUGGCAUCAGCUUCAGAACAGAUAAUGAGCCUUUCAAGAAUGCCAUGCAAGGUUUUACACAGAAAAUUGUAGAGAUGAUGAAGAGGGAGUCAUUGUUCGAGUCCCAGGGUGGCCCAAUUAUCCUCUCACAGAUUGAGAAUGAGUAUGGACCAGAAGGAAAGGCUUUUGGGCCUGCUGGUCAUGCUUAUGUGAAUUGGGCAGCAAACAUGGCAGUUGGAAUGGAUACAGGUGUCCCAUGGGUGAUGUGCAAAGAGGAUGAUGCUCCAGAUCCUGUGAUUAAUGCAUGUAAUGGAUUCUACUGUGAUGCUUUCAACCCCAACAAGCCUUACAAACCUAUGAUGUGGACUGAAGCUUGGAGUGGCUGGUUCACAGAAUUUGGAGGCACGGUUCACCAGCGACCUGUCGAAGACUUGGCAUUUGCUGUGGCACGCUUUAUACAGAAGGGUGGCUCCUUUAUUAACUACUACAUGUAUCAUGGAGGAACCAACUUUGGGCGUACAGCUGGUGGUCCUUUUAUUACAACCAGCUAUGACUAUGAUGCUCCAAUAGAUGAAUUUGGUUCAAUCCGAGAACCAAAGCAUGGACACCUGAAAGAACUCCAUAGAGCCAUCAAGCUAUGUGAAAACGCUUUAGUUUCAGCUGAUCCAACCGUGCUAUCUUUAGGGCCAUUUCAACAGGCGCAUGUCUUCAAUUACCAAACAGGAGGUUGUGCAGCUUUUCUGGCAAAUUACAACCCUAAAUCCUAUGCAAGGGUUCUGUUCAAUAACGCGCAUUACAAUCUGCCACCUUGGUCGAUUAGCAUCCUUCCUGAUUGCAAAAACGUGGUCUUCAACACCGCAAAAGUUGGCGUUCAAACGUCACAAAUGCAAAUGUUAGGCUCCAGUAAUGAACAACUUCUGUGGGAAAGGUAUGAUGAGGAAAUUGCUUCAAUGGCAGACAAUUCCCUUCUUACAACCACUGGUCUACUAGAGCAAAUAAAUGUGACCAGAGACACCAGUGAUUAUCUCUGGUACAUUACAAGCGUCGAUGUGAAUUCAAAUGAAAGGUUUUUGAGUGGCGGUCAGCCUCCUGUUAUCAUCAUACAGUCUGCUGGUCAUGCAUUGCAUGUUUUUGUAAAUGGGCAGCUUUCAGGCUCUGCUUAUGGGAGCAAGGAAAAUAGGAGAAUUACAUAUAAUGGCAAUGUCAAUCUUCAUGGUGGAUCUAAUAGAAUUGCAUUGCUAAGUGUGGCGGUUGGUCUACCGAAUGUUGGAACUCAUUUUGAGUCGUGGAACACCGGUGUGUUAGGCCCUGUUGUGCUGCAUGGGCUAGAUGAUGGAAAAAGAGAUUUAACUUGGCAGCAAUGGUCAUACCAGGUUGGUCUUAAAGGGGAAUCAAUGAAUUUGAACUCUCUCGAAGGUACUUCUUCUGUCGAAUGGAUGCAAGGGGAUUUUGCUGGGCAAGCACAGCAGCCUUUGACAUGGUUCAGAGCAUAUUUUGAUGCACCUGGUGGACAAGAGCCGUUGGCUUUGGAUAUGAGAAGUAUGGGUAAGGGCCAAAUUUGGAUAAAUGGCCAAAGCAUUGGAAGAUAUUGGACUGUCUAUGCGAAUGGAGAUUGUAGGGGAUGUAGUUAUACUGGAACAUACCGGUCGCCAAAGUGUCAAACUGGCUGCGGUGAACCAACCCAACGCUGGUAUCAUGUGCCAAGAUCAUGGUUGCAGCCAUCCAGAAACCUUUUGGUAAUAUUUGAAGAGUUGGGCGGCGAUGCAACCAAGAUUUCGCUUGUCAAGCAAUCAGUCUCUGGUGUUUGCGCCGAUGUUUCAGAAUGGCAUCCAACGAUUAGAAACUGGCACCUUGAUAGCUAUGGCAAGCCCGAAGAAUUCCGUCGGCCAAAGGUCCACCUUCACUGUUCACCUGGACAGUUUAUUUCAGCUAUCAAAUUUGCAAGCUUUGGUACUCCAUAUGGGGCUUGUGGAAGUUUUCUGCAGGGUGCUUGCCACUCACCAAAUUCCCACACUACCUUAGAAAAGAAGUGCAUUGGGCAGGAAAGAUGUGAAGUAGCAAUAACCCCCAGCAAUUUUGGAGGGGAUCCCUGUCCCAAUGUUAUGAAGAAAAUUGCUGUUGAAGCUGUCUGCUCCCCAGCAACACAGCCUCUGCACUGAUCAAUCUCUGCCAUACCAUCAGAAGAUUUGUUCUUGGCAGGAAGAACAACUUCCAAAAAAAAGGGAAAACAAGCAUUAGGAAAUUACAAGGAAGAUGUUGUGUAUGUCUUAAAUUACUGUUGUUGGUCAUUAUAUGCUUUCCAACUCCAGUUUGAUUCUCUGGUUUCUCAGUUCUAAGUGAGCUGUUGAAGACCCAGAGCGAAAAAAAGGAAGAAGAGAAAUGGUGCUUCUUGCUUCUUGGGUUUUUAGUUCAUUGUUAUUGGUAUUUAGUUCAAUUCUAUCCUUUCCUUUCUUUUGAUCAAAAGGAAGGUUUGUAUGUAAUUGAUAUUUGAAACUAGAGUGAAGUUAUAUGAUUAAUAUAUGAAUCGAUUCCAAUGUUCCAUUAA